GCAGUGUGUGAUCAGUUUUUGAGCAGACUUUGAAGAGAACGCACGCGUUGUCGGUAAAACGAAACGAAACGAGACGCUGUCGCGUAAUGAAGCUGAGUCGAAGAGUGCUUGAAAGUUAUACAAAAACAUAUUUAUCAUAGCCAAAAAAAAAAAAAAAAAUUACAAAUUAAAGCAAAAGCAAACAAAAUCAAAAAAGUAUCGCGAUCGCACACCCCCCACUUGGAUUACGGUCAGCGCGAAAGAGAGCAAAGAAACGAGAAAAUUGAAUAACAAAAUUUAUAUGGAUAAAAAUAUAUAAAGCAAAUUAAGAGCAGUUUUUAUGUGUUGUGUGCUGUGUUUUAUUAUUAUUACAUCCAACACGCUGUGGAUUGUUGUGCAAGCAUCGAUAAAAGAUCUACAAAAUAUUCACAAAAUGGGCUGCAUAUAACGACGGAGCGACUGCAGCCCCCCCUGACAAUCAAAAUCCGAAUACCCUAAAGAAGAAGGAGAAGAAGAAGCAGCAGUAGCACAUAAAACAGCUAGCUAGCUAGCCAGGUUCGCGAGUGGGGUUUCCAGCUAGUUGUAGCUAGAAAUAAGCCAAACACAAAAUGCUGGCUAGCCACAUGCUCUACGUCCUCAUUGCCAGCUGUGUCAUGCCCAUUUUUGGGGCGGCGCUGAGCAAAACGGUAUUGUAUCAGGCUCCAGACGAAUGCCGCUGGUCCGGCGGCGGGGAGCACGACAUCACACUCGUCUGCCAUCUGCGCACCAUCAACUCGGAGCUGGAGAACACAAAUUUCAGUGUGAUCCAGCCGCAUAAUACGGUCCGGCUGCGUCUGGAGUGCAACGAUGCGUUAUUCUUCCAGAGCAGCCUCAGCCCGGACAGCUUUCGCUCGCUGGUGGAGCUCAGGGAUCUGACCAUCGAGUACUGCAAGCUGGGCAAUCUGACGGAGGGCUCCUUUCGUGGCCUGCAGGAGCUGAGGAAUCUGACCAUUCGCACGCACAACGGCGACUGGUCGACCAUGUCGCUGGAGAUGGCCUCCAACAGCUUUGUGGAGUUCCGGCAGCUGGAGCGACUCGAUCUGAGUCUCAACAACAUUUGGCUCAUACCGGAUGGCAUGGUCUGUCCGCUCAAGUCGCUGCAGCACCUGAAUGCCUCCUACAACAAGAUCCAGGACAUCAGCAACUUCUACUUCAGCGCCUCGCUCAGCUCGAGGAAGUCGCGCGUGUGCGGCUCGACGCUGCAGUCGUUGGAUCUGAGCGCCAACAAGAUGGUCAGCCUGCCGUCGGCCAUGCUGUCGGCGCUGGUCCGGCUGACCCACUUGAACAUGGCGCGGAACAGCAUGAGCUUUCUGGCAGAUAGAGCAUUCGAGGGCCUGAUAUCGCUGCGCGUCGUCGAUCUGUCGGCGAACCGCUUGACCUCGCUGCCCCCGGAGCUGUUUGCCGAGACCAAGCAGCUGCAGGAGAUAUAUUUGAAGAACAACUCGAUUAAUGUGCUGGCACCGGGCAUCUUUGGCGAGCUGGCCGAGCUGCUGGUGCUGGACCUGGCCAACAAUGAGCUCAACUCGCAGUGGAUCAAUGCGGCCACGUUUGUGGGAUUGAAGCAGCUGGUGCUGCUGGAUCUGUCGGCGAACAAGAUCAGUCGACUGGAGGCGCACAUCUUCCGGCCGCUGGCCAGUCUGCAAGUACUGAAGCUGGAGGGCAACUACAUAGAUCAGCUGCCCGCUGGCAUCUUUGCCGAUCUGGGCAAUCUGCAUACGCUGAUCCUGUCCAACAAUCGCAUCUCUGUGAUCGAGCAGCGCACGCUGCAGGGCCUGAACAAUCUGCAAGUGCUCUCCCUGGACUACAAUCGGCUGACGCGCCUGGAUGCGCGUGCCUUGAUCAAUUGCAGUCAGCUGCAGGAUUUGCAUCUGAACGACAAUAAGCUGCAGACGGUGCCAGAGGCGCUGGUCCAUGUGCCCCUGCUGAAGACGCUGGAUGUGGGCGAGAAUAUGAUUACGCAAAUAGAGAACACGAGCAUCACUCAACUGGAGAAUCUCUAUGGGCUGCGCAUGACGGAGAACUCGCUGACGCAUAUACGCCGAGGCGUCUUCGAACGCAUGAGCUCACUGCAAAUAUUGAAUCUGUCGGGCAACAAGCUGAAGUCCAUCGAGGCGGGCGCGCUGCAGCGGAAUACCCAAUUGCAGGCCAUACGGCUGGACGGUAAUCAGCUGAAGAGCAUCGCCGGCCUGUUCACCGAGCUGCCCAAUCUGGUGUGGCUGAAUAUAUCGGGUAAUCGAUUGGAGAAAUUCGAUUAUUCGCACAUACCCAUCGGACUGCAGUGGCUGGAUGUGCGUGCCAAUCGGAUCACGCAGCUGGGCAACUACUUCGAGAUCGAGAACGAGCUGAGCCUGAGCACCUUCGAUGCCAGCUACAAUUUGCUGAGCGAGAUCACGGCCAGCUCGAUACCGAACAGCGUGGAGGUGCUCUAUCUGAACGACAAUCUGAUCAGCAAGAUACAGCCCUAUACGUUCUUCAAGAAGCCCAAUCUCACGCGCGUCGAUCUCGUGCGGAACAAGCUGACCACGUUGGAGCCGAACGCCCUGCGACUGUCCCCCAUUGCCGAGGAUCGCGAGAUUCCCGAGUUCUACAUUGGCCACAAUGCCUACCAGUGCGAUUGCAAUCUCGAUUGGCUGCAGAAGAUCAAUCGGGAGUCACGCACGCAGCCGCAGCUCAUGGAUCUCGAUCAGAUCUAUUGCAAAUUGUCUUAUGCACGCGGCGCCACGCAUCUCUCGCUGAUCGAGGCCAAGUCCAAUGACUUCUUAUGCAAAUACGAGUCGCACUGCUUUGCCCUCUGCCACUGCUGCGACUUUCAGGCCUGCGACUGCAAAAUGGAGUGCCCCGAUCGCUGUUCCUGCUAUCACGAUCAGUCCUGGACCUCCAAUGUGGUCGACUGCAGUCGCGCCAGCUACGAUCGCUCGCUGCCCUCGCACAUACCCAUGGACGCCACGCAGCUCUACUUGGAUGGCAAUCACUUUGCGGAGCUGCAGAGCCAUGCGUUCAUCGGACGCAAGCGCUUGAAGGUGCUGCACUUGAAUCACUCGCGCAUCGAGACCCUGCACAAUCGCACCUUCUACGGCCUGCUCGAGCUGGAGGUGCUGCAGCUCCAGAACAAUCAGCUGAGCGCGCUCAACGGCAACGAGUUCCAGGGUCUGGACAAUCUCCAAGAGCUCUACCUGCAGCACAACGCCAUUGCGACCAUAGACACGCUCACCUUUACCCACCUGUACCACUUGAAGAUCCUGCGGCUCGAUCACAAUGCCAUUGGCACCUUCGCCGUGUGGAACUUCCUGCCCAGCUACCUCAAUGAGCUGCGUCUCUCUGGCAAUCCCUGGAGCUGCCAGUGCGAGUUCAUUGACAAGCUGCGCGACUACACGAACCGGCACGAGUACGUGCUGGAUCGCCAGCAGCUGCGCUGCGAAAUGCCCGGCAACAGCACGCAGCAGCAGGCCGUGCAGAUGGCGAUCUUCGCGGCGGCCGGCGAGACGCUGCCCGUGGUGCAGUGCAGCCAGACGCUGCAGCUGGGCCUGGACAACAGCUUCAACGCUGCGGAGCGAGCGGGCGCUGGCGCUGGCGAAGCGGCUGGCGGCAAUAUGACCUCCACCAAGAUGAUACUCACGCAGCCGCCCAAGCAGGACUACAUACCCAUUCUGGUGGCCAUACUGACCGCCUUCAUCUUCAUCAUGAUCUGCACGCUGCUGGUGUUCAUCUUCCGGCAGGAGAUGCGCGUCUGGUGCCACUCGCGGUUCGGCGUGCGCCUCUUCUACAACGGCCAGAAGGAUGUGGACAAGAACGAGCGGGAGAAGCUCUUCGAUGCAUUCAUCUCGUACUCGUCUAAAGAUGAGCUGUUCGUGAACGAGGAGCUGGCGCCCAUGCUGGAGCUGGGCGAGCACCGCUACAAGCUGUGCCUGCAUCAGCGCGACUUUCCCGUGGGCGGCUACCUGCCCGAGACCAUUGUCCAGGCCAUCGACAGCAGUCGACGCACCAUCAUGGUCGUCUCCGAGAACUUCAUCAAGUCGGAGUGGUGCCGCUUCGAGUUCAAGUCGGCGCAUCAGUCGGUGCUGCGCGAUCGCCGGCGACGCCUCAUUGUCAUUGUGCUCGGCGAGGUGCCGCAGAAGGAGCUGGACCCGGAUCUGCGGCUCUACCUGAAGACCAACACCUAUUUGCAGUGGGGCGACAAGCUCUUCUGGCAGAAGCUGCGCUUCGCUCUGCCCGAUGUUAGCUCCUCGCACCACGCCCAGCGCUCGGGCCAGCCCUGCCAUGCGCCCAUCAACCAUCCCGCCUACCACCAUCAUCACCAUCUGCAGCAGCAACAGCAGCAGCAUCUCCAGCAGCAGCAGCAGCAGCUGCCGUUGCAUGCAGCGCAUUCUGUGCCGCAUCCGCAUCAUCAUCAGCAGCAGUUCAUGCUGCCCCCGCCUCCGCUGCCCCUGCAGCCGGGCAGCUUCCGGCGACAGCCCUCCACACAGCAGCAGCAUCGCUCCAAUGCGAACAUCAACAACAACAACCAACAGCAGCAGCAGCAGGCAGCGCUGCUCAUGGGCGGCGGAGGAGGAGGAGGAGGCGGCGGCGGAGGUGUUGUUCCGGGCGCCCAGCCACAGAUGAUUCCCCUGGCGGGCGGCAUACAGCAGCAGAGUCUGCCGCUGCCGCCGCAGGGGACGUCGCAGCCGACGCCAGCGUCGCGCAAUUUGCACAUGUGAGUGAGUGAGAUAGGUAAAAAGAGAGAAAGAAAUGCAAUUUCGUUGUCUAAUUAGAAUUUUUGUUAAGGCUUAAUAGAGUUUAAGCUUAAGUCCAAAAAGAAAGAGACAAAAUGAGUUAGAGAUAGAGAGGGACAGCAGGAAGUCACUUGAAAGUUCACAUUUGACUCAGUUCAGCGCUGGUUCAGUUCCUAACUGGUUCAAAAAGCAAAAGUUGCAAAGAAAGUUCAGGCGAGUGAAAGAGAGAGAAAGCUUGAAAAGGAUGAAAGGCAAACAAAACUCAUUUUCAAGCUAUUGUUAAAGACAGAAAGAGAGAGAGGGAGUGAAAGAGGGAGACGCACAGGCAGAGAAUUAAGGAGUUGAAACUAAAUUAAAUCUAGUUUUUUUGAUAUUGUUGGCAAUUUGCGUUUCGGCUUUUGGCUUGAAACCCGUUUUGAUGCCAGGCUCAGAGCGAGCCGCAAUUGGCAAAGCUUUUUAGCAAAGCUUCCCUGCAAAUAAAAUAAGAGUCGGAGCCAAAUAUGCAAAUGAAAAGCGUUUAGCGAUAAAAAGCCUAGCUACAUGUUCAAAUAGCAGCAACAACAAUUGCAGCUGGGGGCAACAGCAGCAGCAGCAGCAAGAAUGAAACAACAACAACUGUAAACAGUAAAAUACCAAAUAGUUGGCAACAGCGGUUCGGGGCGGGUGUAGAACGGAGCCAAUUGUUGUUGGCCCUGUUCUGUUUUCUUACGGCAAGCUAUUUUCAGUUUCCUGGCUCGCAGCAAGAUUCAGAAAAUUGAUGUUGCAUGCAACACAGCAACACUGCAGCGGCAACCAGUCGAUGCGAUGCAGACGCAGCCAAGGCCCAAAACAAUUUUUCUCUCUCUCCUUCAUUUUGUUAUUUUCUCUUAGCUUCUUCCAUUCUUCCCUCUCUCUCUCUCUUGCGCACUCUAUUCGUAUGUUGUUGCAACGUUCACUCGUUAGUUCGUCUUAACUGCUGCAUUUUACUGUAACAAGCCGUGUGUCUGAUUGUGUGUGUGUGUGUGUGUGUGGGGCAUAGAAAAUAGGCAACGCGAAACAUCACUGAGCUCAUGUCUGGGCAAAAACUGACAAAAACAAAAAAAUAAAAGGCACAGCUCGAGCAGAAUGAAAAGAAAUUGUAACAAAAAGUGAGGCGAGCGACACCGUCAGGGCCACUGCAUAGAGACGGACGGACACGGCCACAGACGUAGAACUAGACCGGCAACAGACGAACUGAAAGAGAGAGAGAGAAAUGGAGAGGGAGAGGGAGAGAGGUAGAUACCUAGACAUGUUCUCUGGCUAUGGCUGUGGCAGACUUUUGGCAGCUGCAACACACUCCUACACAGACAGAGUUUUCUGUUUUUGGGCCCCAGCUACACGUGGCGAGAGUGUCGGCGGGCGCUAAGGUUAGCCGGGCUAAAAGAUCAAGCAGCAUGCAAAGCUACGCGCUGAAAUUGGCCCACAAGGGAGGUCAACUGUGGCAGGCUAAGCUCUGGCCAAGCAGAAACUUGCUUAAAGGUCAGCGUGAAGCCAGAGCAAGUUUGCUGAUGAUCUGGCAACACUGAUUUAUGGCAUGUGUGGGUGUGUACGUGUGUGUGUGUGUGUGUGUGGCUGCGCUAACAACUAUCAAAAAGUUGUUAACUAAGCGUAACUAAAUUGGCUAAUACGAGCUGCAGUAUUGACCCUAGUUUCUUAGCCAAAAACUAAUUGUUAACUGCAUUCGCCUGCACAGAAGUUGGCCAGGUAGAUUCGCACGUGUGUUGUUGGCUUAAACUGUCGUUUACUUGGGCCAAGGCAAAAUCAAACUGCCAAAGUAACAAGGGAGACACAGACACACACACACACACACACACACUCGUGCAACGUGUAGAAGAAUAGAAUUGCAAGGAAACAGAAAAAGAACCAGACAGAACUGAACAUUGCUACAGAUUAGUUGGCUGCGAUUAAAAUCUACCUUGUUGUUGUUUGUUACGCCUGCUUGUCUUUUGUAUCUGUCUCUCUCUCUUUCUCGCUCUCUCUCUCUCUUUCUCGCUCUCUCUCUCUCUCUCUCUCAUACACACCCUCAGCUAGCUGGUAAGAUAGAAACAUCCAACUAAAUGCAUUCCAAAAGCAAGAAACUAGUUAACUGUUAGACAUCUGCAUAGUUACGUUACGUUUCGUUUCGUUUCAUCUCGUUUCGUUUCGUUCCGUUAAAAUUGUAUAUAUCUAAAAGGAGAACUUUAAGUUUAAGAGAAGCAAACAUGUUAAAUUGUACGUUUAUUUGUUUAAUAAUUGUGAUAUUUUGUUCAAUUAAGUCUUAAAUUAUAAACACAUAAAUAUAAAUAUAAAUAUAUAUAAAUAUGAGAAUAUAAAACGAGAAACAACUAUUAAUAUUAUGUUAUGUUCGUCGAUGCUAUCAAUAACUAUUUAAAUUGUAAACUCUUCUCCUCAUAAGUUAUGUUAGUCCAUAAGCUGAAUUAGCCCGAAUCCGAACACACACACACACACACACGACACGCACACACAUCGUUCACAGCCAUAUUAACUCUAUAAAAUGUCAGGUGUGUUUGUGUGUGUGUGUGUGUGUGUGUCUGUGCAUAUAUAAAUCGACUGAUUACAUCUAGAUAUGUACAUGUAUCUGUUAGCUAUAUAAAUCUUGAUUACGAUGUAAA